AUAAAAUGCCUGCGUCUGCAAAAUAUGAGUGAGAGAGAGAGCGAGAGGGGAGGGGGUAGAAAGAACAUUAUGGAGAAAAGGGGAAGGAGCCAUGUUGAUAGUUUUGUUUUCGAAUAGAUUUGAUCGGUUCAGGAUGAUGAGAUUAAGUCUUCUGCUUCUCCUUCUGCACCGCCCGGCCUGCUCGUUGCUGCUGGGAUGGGUGGAUUCUCCAGGGUAUCCCGCUGGAUAUUUGCCCCAUGCCAGUCUAAACUGGAGCAGGUGUGCCCCCAAGGGCCACACCCUCUCCAUCAGGCUCAUGCACCUGGACCUGGAGGAGAGCAAAGACUGUGAAAACGAUGCAGUAAAGAUCUUUUCAAAUGGAAACUUGAUCUCAGUUCUGUGUGGCGGAAGAGAAUUUGAGGAUCUUGAGUCCAAUGUUAAUCCCUCGCUCCUCUCCUCCCCGGGGGGCUGCCUCUCUCUUACCUUCCACUCCGACUACUCAAACACCAAGAGGCACACGGGCUUCAGAGGGUUCUACACCGAUCAAGACUUUGAUGAAUGUAACGACGACCCCGACAACGCAUGCACCCACUUCUGUCACAACCACAUCGGAGGGUACCGCUGCUCCUGUCGCCAUGGUUACUACCUGGAUGGGGACAAUCACACUUGCACGGUGAGCUGUAGUGAGGAUCUGUCAGGGAGGCACAGUGGUGACAUCUCCAGUCCCUCCUGGCCUGCUUCAUAUGCAGAGAAUGCCAACUGUCAGCACACCUUGUCAGUGGAGCCCACCCUGCAACUGGAGAUGCACUUCUCUGAAGAUUUUGAUGUGGAGCAAAGCCCUGAUGGUCAAUGCAUAGAUGCACUGACGAUUGAGACUCGCAACCCCUCUCGGAUUCUGGGACCAUUCUGUGGCCACAGCCCCCCCCCAUCUCCCUUCCUCACUCACUCACAUCAUGUUAAAAUACGCUUCACCUCUGAUGGCUACGGCAGCAACAAAGGCUUCACGAUCCACUUCAAGACCAGAGCCAAGGUCUGUCCAGCAGUGGUGACCCCGUACUCGACUGCGACUCCUCAGCAACCGGAAUAUCACGAGGGUCAAACAGUGACAGUCACUUGUGAUCUUGGCUACAUUAUAAAUUCUGAAGAAACCAGGACCGAGUAUGUGGCGCAUUGUCAGAAUACGGGCGAAUGGACUCCAAACAACAUCUGUGAACCUGUGGAUUGUGGAGUUCCUGAAAUCCCAGAAGAUGGCAUCCUUCAGUUGGUGUACUCAGAUGAACUGAAUACUCAGUAUAAAGACCAGAUUCACUUUACCUGCAGCUCUAAGUACUACACACUGGAAGGAGAUGACACGUACACUUGCAGUGCCAGUGGUGACUGGGUAUCAGGUGGAGACAAGAAGGAGAUGCCAAAAUGCACUGAAGUGUGCGGGAAACCUGAAAAACACCACGCGAGUGUAGCCCGGAUUUUGGGAGGUAGGGAUGCAACCAUGGGGGAGAUACCGUGGAUUCUUCUGAUUAAGUGGCCAAAUAGAGGAGGAGCAUCACUGAUCAAUGACCGAUGGGCUGUCACGGCGGCUCAUGUUGUGGAACUAGUAGAAGAAAGCUCUCUGAAACUGUACGGUGGACUGGUAGAUGGAAGAACAAUAUCAGAUGCGUUGUCCAAUGUAGUUGUCAUGGAAAGUGAGAAAAUCAUAAUUCAUCCCAAUUAUAUCACAGGCAUUCCUCUUUCAGAACGCACCAAUUUUGACAAUGAUAUUGCCCUCAUUAGAUUGGCUUCCAGGGUGAAUUUCGGCCCAAACCUCCUCCCCAUUUGUCUGCCGGAGGUGAACAGCGUAAUGACAGAAGGUGAGCAGGGCACGGUGUCAGGCUGGGGGAAAACCGAAUCAAGGUCUGCGUCUCCUUCGUUAAAAUACGCUCAUAUAGGGGUCUACUCCCUUGCGGUGUGUGCGAAUACGCCUUACAUACCGGCAACGGACCAACACAUGACUAUGACAGCUAACAUGUUCUGUGCUGGAGCCCCGGGGAAGGACAGCUGCCAGAGAGACAGUGGAUCUCCGUUUGUUUCACCCAUGUUGGCUGAAGGCAAUGAGCCCUAUUUUCUGACUGGCAUUGUGUCCUGGGGACCCCCCUGUCAACAGAGGCAGUACAAGGGUUAUUAUACCAAGGUGGCUGGUUAUGUGGACUGGAUUAAGGAGACAAUGGAACAGCAGAAAGGAAAUUUCCCAAUUCUUUAUUUUAAAGGAAUUGUUUGGAGCAUUGACCCUGUUUUUCUACAAUUCAAAGUCAAGAGUUCAAUUCUUUUUGCCAAGACAAACAAGGUGAGACAUUCGCUCCUGCAGCAGCGGAUCAGUUCACACUCGGAUAUGAGAUUUAAUCCAGAGAUGGGGUGGACUCUCUGUAUCAUUUUGGUUCUGCAUGUGUCCGUGUGCGAGUGCUGGCCUCUGCCUGAUCCAGAGCCUCUAAUGCACGGAGCGCUCCAGUCCCCCCAGUAUCCCCAGCCUUACCCCCCCAACCUGCUGGAGCAGUGGGAGCUCAGUGUGCCCGAGGGCUACCAGAUCCAAAUCACCUUCACACACCUGGACAUUGAAGCUUCUGCAGGCUGCUAUUACGACGCCCUCACAGUACUCUAUGACGCAAAGAUCCUGGGAAAGUUUUGUGGGCAUGAGAACUCGGCCGAUGGGCAUCAUCCAGGCAAUCAGCCCAUCCUGUCUCCAGGCAACAGACUCAGCCUGACAUUCCAGACGGACAACAACAACCCAGAGCGCCAUCAAAAUGUGGGCUUCUCAGCACAGUACCAGGCCAUAGACAUGGAUGAGUGUUCUGCGCCCCGACCUCAAGAUGACCCAGAUCCCCUCUGCUCUCACAUCUGCCUCAACACCCUUGGCUCAUACCUCUGCGCCUGUCACCAUGGCUACGAGCUUCGGCCGGACCAGCGCAGCUGUGUGUUAUCCUGCGGCGGGGGUAUAUUUGAUGAGCUAGAAGGACAUCUGUUCAGUCCAGGAUACCCGACCCCGCCCCCUCAUGCUGUGUCCUGCCAGUACAUAAUUUCUGUAGAACCUGGCUUUACCGUCGCUCUGAACUUCACCGACAUCUUCCACAUCGAGAGCGUGCAAACCGAGCAAGGCCCAAACUGUCUCCAUCAUUGGCUGCAGGUGACCAUCCCAGACAGAGAGCCCAUGAAGCUGUGUGGUGAAAAGAGUCCCGAUCUGAUAGUCACCGACUCCAACACCAUCCGACUGGACUACCACACUGAUGAUGAGGGCCUGAGCAAAGGCUGGAGCCUGGACUACAGCACUCAUCGAGUAAAGUGUCCAUUUCCUGGUAAUUUGGCCAAUGGACGGGUGACUCCUAUCUUGACUGAAUAUUUCUACAGAGACUACAUCUUUGUGCGCUGUGACCAAGGAUACAAGCUGAUGAUGGACGGUGAAGAGGUCGAGGGUUUCUCUACAAUGUGCCAAAGCAAUGCACAGUGGCACCUCCCUCUGCCAGAAUGCCACAUACUUGAUUGCGGAGAACCUGAAUCUUUGCUGAAUGGAGGGGUGACCUUCCUGUCUGGCCUUCAGAAUCAGUACCUUUCUGUCAUCCAGUAUCACUGCAACGAACCAUUUUACUCUCUCCUCGGUGGUGCAAACGUUGUCUACACCUGUGAGGCGGACAGGAGGUGGAGAUCAAACAGCAGUAUUGUUGUCCGUCCAACAUGCAUACCAGUUUGUGGCCAGCCCACAACUCUCCUCUCCUCCUAUCAAAGGAUCAUUGGAGGCAGUGAUGCUCCAGAAAAUAGCAUCCCCUGGCAAGUGCUACUGAGUUUAAAUGGACAUAGAGGGGGAGGCAUGGUGAUUGGAGACCGCUGGAUAAUGACCGCCGCUCACAAUGUAAUGGCAAAUGGAAAUCCAGUUUCAAGCGAGAAUGUUCGUAUUUUCAUGGGACUUAAUGAUGUUAACACCCUUUUGGUCUCUCCUGUGAUUGCUGCCUCAAUCCACAUUCACCCUCAAUACAAUAACCCCAACUACGUGGAUUUCAACCAUGACAUUGCCUUGAUCAAAAUGCAAGACCCAGUCACGUUCAACUCAUCCAUUAUGCCAAUAUGUUUACCAGCAGAGGGCACAGCUUACAUCCCCGGCACCAUGGGACUGGUGACUGGUUUUGGAGUAACAGCAACUACCAGAGGAAGGAUUUUGACAAAUAAGAUGAAGUAUGUGCAUGUCCCUGUGGUGACGCAGGAGACAUGCAGUAAUUCUAUCACUUUGUUGAAGAAGACGGGGACCAAUGUACCAAGUCUGACAAAUAACAUGUUUUGUGCUGGAGUCCCUGAAGGGGGGAAGGACUCCUGCCAAGGUGACAGCGGAGGACCCUACGCCUUGAGAAACGACGGACGGUUCUGGGCGGCUGGGAUUGUCAGCUGGGGAGUUGAAUGUGGAAAGCAGGGAGCAUAUGGAGUCUAUACCAAAGUCGACCAAUACAGAGACUGGAUCGACAAGACGAUGCAGGAGAACUAAAAUGUACAUUACCCCGAUUCAUGACAACGCAAUACCAAUAGAGAACAAAAUCAGGAUUUUAAAUAAUUUUUGAACUUCCAAAAUCUAAUAAAUUAGUGUUAUACUCAUUGUAAAGUCGUCAGACAGUAUUAAAAUGUAAUUUCCCAAAAGCAUUUUAUUUUUUACAAAUAAAGUGAAAUACAGA